UUAAUACGUCAAUUAGUUGUAGUUAUAUUAUAUAAUUAUUAUUUUUUAUUUAUUUCUUUUGUCACUCGUUUAUUUGGAACAACAAAGUUUAACAAGAAGAGACAAGCAAGCACGGUUUUGAGAUAUUUUUUUUUUUUGCUUAUUCAUUACAAGGGUGAAGAUAAUAAUAAUAAUAAUAAAAAAAAAAGAAAAGAAUAUUCAAACAAUCCACGUUUGAUGGUGGUUGUGGUGGUGGUGGAGGUGGUGGUUGCGGUGUACUUCAAACUCGACAAAUGAGACUCUAGUGAAUCUCCGAGGUGACAACAUCGGAGAUUAGAAAAAAUGAUGAUGGACGUGAGCAAAAACGAACCUGGCAGUAAAAACGGUGCGACUCAACAGGAAUGCGCUGGAUGUGGGAAAACUAUCACCGAAAGAUAUUUAUUGAAAGCGUUGGACUUAUACUGGCACGAGGACUGUUUGAAAUGUGGUUGCUGCGAUUGCAGAUUGGGGGAAGUUGGUUCGACGCUAUACACAAAAGCCAAUCUAAUUCUCUGCAAAAGAGAUUAUCUGAGGCUUUUUGGGAACACCGGUUACUGUGCGGCAUGUAACAAAGUCAUACCGGCUUUCGAAAUGGUCAUGAGAGCAAGAACGAACGUUUAUCAUCUGGAAUGUUUUUCCUGUCAGGAAUGCGAUCACAAAUUUUGCGUGGGCGAUCAAUUUUAUCUCUACGAGAAUAAAAUUCUUUGCGAGUAUCAUUACAAGGAAAGAGUAUACUUUGCCAAUAUGCCACAUCCGCCACCGAACGAUACCCUAGCACAUAUUAAAAGACAAGUCACGCAUCUUCAACCUCAAACGGUAUCUGGCGGAGGUCCUCCGAGACAGGCGAAUGGGGAAACAGCCCAUAACCACAAUGGAUAUCCAGCACCGGCUACAUCAAGCGCUCACAACGUUCUCAACCCCAUGAAUAAUUUAAAUGGUAUCAAUGCGCAAGCACCGUACGAUGCCAAAUGACAAACGAAAUAAGCGCCGAUAUACACGCGUCUACCUACGCCUACUACUAUUACUACUACUACUACUACUUCUAAUACUACUACUACUACUACUACUACUACUACUACUACUACUACUACUACUAAUACUACUACUAUUAGUAUUGCUGCGUACAAUUAAACAACACCUACAUUUCUUAACAUACGGAAAUAAUAAAACGAACAAAAAGACACGUACACGCACAAACGCAUAUACGUAUAUACAGUGAGUCACAGAAAUAUUCGUACAUAUAAGAGGGAGGAUGCGAAUACUUCUGUAACUCACUGUAUAUAUUUCUAAACAUGUACAACAUGAUCAAAUUUUGAGGAGAACAAGAAUAAGAGUAUGAGCGUAGUUUAUCGUCGUUAUUAUCGGUCAAUUUUAUUUACGCAUUUUUACUUGAAUCACAAGUCUUCGAUUCGAGAAUAAAAAAAAAUACAGAUGAUGAUGAUAAUGAUAAAAAAAAUCCUUUUGUGAUUACUGCAAAGAGAAAAGUAAGAAACGAAAACUCGUCCAAAGUCAAUUCCGCGAGAUUUGUUACGAUCCAUCGAUCAUUUAUCGAUCAUUUUGCGUGGAGAUGAAAAUGAACAAACGGGAUCGCGAAUUAUGAUGAUAUUUAAAAAAACGAACUGAUAAGAUCGAUCAAUAAAAAAUAAAUAAAAAUAAAGAAAGAAAAGAGGAGAUAUUUCGUUUUGUAGAUAGAUAGUUAUGAAUAUUAUCUUUAUGGAAAAAAAAAAAUAAACAAAAAAAAAAAAAGAAUAAGAAAGAUAAUAUAAAUGAUAAUAAUGGUGCUUUUUUCGAAGUGUAUCGAUCGUUCGAGAGACUUCUUCGAUUACGAAUUUUCUCAUAAUAUUAACCGGUGAAAGGAUAAUGUUAAACGAUGUGUAUAAAAUUAAACGAUAAAAAAAAAAAAAA